AUGCCUUUGCAGUCGGAUGUGCGAGAGCGGCUGCAGGCUUUCCUUCGAGAAGCCUCGGACGGCGACGGCCUUGUCCGAAUCGUGGAGAACUGCUUGAACUACUUGAAGUCCAAGCAUCUCUUGACCUCCAUGAAGUUGGAGGCGAGCCUUGUGGGGAUCCAUCCCUGCAACCGGGAUGGGUAUGGCGUGAAUCCACAAGACGUUCGUGAUCUUGUGGACUCGAUUGUCGAUGUGGGCUACGUCCCCACACGUGUCCAUGCGGUCGGUGUCGAAGUCGAAGGAGACUGGGUCCGGCAGUGGAACAAAAAGCUUUUCGAGUCCGCCCACGGUCUUCUCGGAAGCCUUGAGCCGGAAGCGAUCAAGAUCACUUCGAUCUGCGGAUCACAUACCAAUUGCGCCUUGAGACUUUUCCAACAAGGGGCAAGCCACGGCAACGAGGUCGUGAGUGUGGGUGGAAAGCUCAGCAUGGAGCUUCUUCGUGCUCGGGAUGCUUCGUUCCACGAAGCAGCUGAUCAAGGCUUGACGUGGGACGUGAUCUCCUCCUCCGUGGCGGAAGAGUUCCCAGAGCUGAUCAGCUUGAUAUCCCGAUCAGGCAACACAUCGCUUCAACGAGGAGAACAUGAGUUACAAGUACUCCGUCGCAUCCACUCCACGUACUACCGCUUGCAGACUCAGACUGGCCAAGCACCGGCUUAUGCAGCUCUGAAGAAGUUGAUAUUGGCCAGCAAACCAAGCUGCCAUGCCUCCGUACCCCACAUGUUUACGUUUUGUCUGAAGGCUUCCGGGGGUGCCGAUGCGAGCUUCCUUCAGGAGACGGAGUCCUUUGUACGGGCUUACUGCCCUUCUUCUCGGCAAUUGGGGCCUGUCAUGUGGGAGGCUUUCGGACAAGAUUGCCGAGGGCACCAGUCAGAUCCCGUUGCAGCAUUUCGCCAUGCACUCAUGAAGCAGGCAUACUUGAGGCAGAAUGUGUCCAUUGCUGAUGUGAAGAAGAUGACUUCUAAAGAGCUCUUCCCCAAGGUCAAGGAAGCUGACAACAUGAUCCUCACGGUCAGGGGCAUCUUAAGGGAUGGAGCUCGCGAUUUCAUGACGGAUUCGCGGGUCGUGCAAGCUCUGGCCACUAUGGACAUGACGAUAGCAUCGCACGUCCUCGGCAUCAAGGUGCCGGACGAGAAGAAGUACAAGACGGUCCAAGCGAUUGGGCACGAUUUUUUGCUCGUGGCAAGAAACCUGACUGGUGUUGCACUCCCUUUGCCAUGGGAGUCGGUGUCUGAGAAAAGUGAACCAGCUGCAACUGCAGCGACUGCUUCCCAGCCUUCUGCUGCAGGUGUGAUGCUUGAGCUUGCUGAAGACGGCAGUAUCAAGGAACCUGAGAAGGUAUUGGCCUCCAAGGGUUUCGCUAUGGGUGCACACAUCCGUCGCAAGGUUGACAAAAUCGAGGGAGUUCUUUCAGAAGUGAAAGGUCAGAUGGUCUUUGUGAAGAUGGCUUCGGGAAAGACGGCCAAGGUGGAUCUCAAUGUUAUCCUGGCUGGAGAUUGGGUCGUGUUUGUUCCUCGUGUGCAGCCCACAAUGCUAGACAGCUUGGACCAGUACCAGCACCAUGUGGAUUUUGAUGCCAGCAUUCUUGCAUCGAAGAUUCAGCCUGAGCUCUACAAGCUUCACCAGUCCAUGGAGUGUGGAUCGGAGCACCUGAAAUUGCAACUGAAGCCUUCGAGGAUGUUGCUUGCCAACUCGGACAUCAAGAAUCAGAAACUCUGCAUGGUGCCCAUGACCAACAAGGUCGUGCAGAAAUCCCAGGGCCAAAGCAACACCAUGUUUGAGGUGCAGACGGACUGGCAAGGAGACGACCGCAAGUUUUGGCUUUCCGGUGCCAACAUCUUACCCAAAGAUAACGACGACGACACUUGCAAACAUGUGCUAGUUCCCUUUUGGUUGGUGCAGCACAGCCAUCAGGAAGAGGAUUGCAAUGUGAAGCUUGUUUGGGUUGCAGGAACAGACAAGAGCAUCAAGAUUCCGGUUUUUAAGAACACCAAGAAGAUCCCGGAAGGCAGCCCCAUUGUGGCUUUCAGAUCUAAAACGGUGCAGGUGGCUCCCUUGGAUGAAGUGGAGGACGACCAGAAGACUUCGGCGCAGAAAAGAGCAUCGGCGACCUCAGGUGGCUCCAGCAAGAAGGCUCAGAAGAAGUGA